AUGCAGAUUUCCGCUGUACUCGCAGGCCAAGCUAAGAACAUUCUCCAGCGGUUUCCUUCAGUGUCCCAUGAAGAUUUGGAUCGUUGCACACACACUCACGCCUUGCUGCAUCUUUCUUCCAAAAGUCAUCCAGUCUUCCAUCCAAAGCGACCAGUCCCAUAUGCGGCCCUACAACUUGUCGAGGCUGUACCGAGGCGUCUGGAGGAAUUGGGAGUUCUAGUUCCUAUAUCCUACUGCGCCUGGGCCGCUCCAUUCGUUGUGGUUAAGAAGCCCAAUGACUCGAUUCGCAUUUGUGCUGACUUCUCCACCGGUCGAAAUGCCGCGCUGACGCCGAACUGCUUUCCACUGCCGGCUCCGGCUGAUCAUUCCACCCUGCUGAAUGGUGGCACAUACUUUGCCAAGUUGGAGCUCGCUGAUGCGUAUUCGCAGAUCAAGGUCGCCUUAGAGUUGCGCGAAUUGUUGACCAUAAACACUCACCGCGGUCUGCUUCAAUAUACCAGGCUGCCCUUUGGCAAUUCCAACAAACAAUGA